UACUGUGAAGUUUUGUUAACAACAGAAGUGAGCGCCAUUGCUCUCAAAACAGAACACAAUUAGCACUUGGGGACUUUAUUGCAUUGUUAUAUUUAAAUAAACCAAACAUUAAAAAAAAAUAUCAGCAUGUUUUCUGAUGAACGACUGCAUCAUUUUCUCAAGCGCUAAACCACGCCCUCAGUAUUUUGACCGUUGCGCAUUCUUGCUGCGCGUCAACGUCAACUUUUUAAUGCGGGAGAAACAACUGUUCAGCAAACUGCCGAAGAAGAAUACUUAAGAAAGAAGAGACAGCACGUGGGCGAUUAUCCAGAGGAAUCUUUAUGAUCUCCAUUGAGAGCACACUUCAUGCAGUGUAGGUACUGUAAAUACACCUGUGACAGUCAAAAUCUGCUGCUGAGACACUGCAGGCUCAAGCAUUGGCACCCAGGCCGACGUGUACCAUUAUUGUGCCUGUACUCUGAGUGUGUCUGCGCUUUCAAUACACCAGGUGCAUUGAAAACUCAUCUACAUAGGGUCCACACAAAUUCUGAUAAAAGUACAGUGCAAGCUACAUUUAACUGUGACCUUUGUGAUUAUCAAAAUGUUUGUACUGAAAAAAUCUUUAUCAGACAUUUGUGUACACAUCUGAAAAGGCAUGAAACAGUGCAAUGCCCAUUUUUGCAAUGUAAUUUUAAAACUAAUGUCUAUGUAACAUUUCAUAGCCACAAAUACAAACAUCACCAAAAACACACAAUAAAUGAUUAUAGGUCAUCGGUCGUAACUGUCAAUCGCACAGACUCUGAUAAUUGGUCAGAUUCUGCUUCAGAAUGCUUUGAGGAUACAUCAGAUAUAGAUAUACAUGCAGAAGCUACUGAUGUUGACAAAAUUCUUGAGAAGAAGUUGGCGUCUUUGUUCCUUUGUAUGCAGACAGAACUAGGUGUAUCUAGAAGUGCUACACAGCUAAUUUUUCAAAGUCUUAAUGAAAUACUAUUCCUGUCUAAACCAUCCACAGAAAAGGUGAUUAGAGAUAUUUUAUGCCACCACAACUGUGAAGUUGACCAAUCUUUAAUCACUGAAAUCACUGAAGCUGUUCAUAGGACAAAUCCUCUUUACACUACCACUGAUAAAGGAACAUUAUCUACUGAUCAUAAACGCAAAGUAUAUUACAAACAAAACUUUGAUGUUGUUGAGCCAAUUGAGUUUGUAUUCAGUAGACAAAAAAAAAAAACAUUUGUUUAUGUUCCUAUUCUUGCAGUUUUGAAAAGAUUUCUAGGCUGUAGUGAGAUAGUUCAAAAUACUUUUUCUAAUGCUACCACAUAUGACUUCUAUGCAUCUUGUUUUGAUGGUCAGCAUUUCAAAGAGCAUCCUCUGCUUUGUGAUGAGAAUGUAGCUAUUGCACUUGGUUUAUAUAUUGAUGACUUCGAAGUCGCAAAUCCUUUGGGAACAUCACGUAAAAAGCACAAGAUUACAGCAGUUUACUGGGUGAUCUUGAACUGGCCCUCCAAAUUCAGAGCAAAUUUGCACACUAUUCAACUAGCCUUGUUGGGGAAGAGUAGUGAUGUAAGAGAAUUUGGCUAUGACAUGUUUUUUGAGCCAUUGUUGAAGGAUGUACAGACACUUGAAAGAGAGGGUUUGUAUGUAGAUCAGUUUGGAGAGAAUAUCAAAGGAACUGUUGUUACCGUCUCUGCAGAUAAUCUAGGGGCACAUGGCCUAGCUGGAUUCCAGGAAAGUUUUCAUGUUGAGAAGUUCUGUAGGUUUUGUCUCGCUUCUAUUAAGGACAUACAGACCACUGAUGUGAGCAAGGGAGUUUUUCCCUUAAGAAAUAUAGAACAGCACAAUCAAUUUAUUGAGGAUCUGAAAGCAAACCCAACUCUGACAAAUGUGCAGGGUGUAAAAAGAGAAUGUGUCUUACAAACACAUCUUGCUUGCUUUCACCCAGUAACCGGAUUUCCACCAGAUGCAUUGCAUGACUUGUUUGAAGGAAUUGUGCCGUUCGAGUUGUCUUUAUGUCUCCAGAAGCUAAUAGCUGAUAAGUUCUUUACCCUUGACCAGUUGAACGGUGCAAUUCAUUCUUUCCCUUACUGCUUCUCUGACAAGGUGAACCGCCCUCAAAAAAUCCCCAAAACAUUCUUCUCCAAAAAAACCAUUGGUGGAAAUGGCCAUGAAAAUUGGACUCUAAUUAGGCUUAUACCGUUCAUGAUUGGUCGCAUUAUUCCAGAAACCGAGAGAGCAUGGCAACUGUUGAUGGAUCUUAAAGAUAUAGUGGAGCUUGUUGUUUCACCCAAGUUUUCAGAGGAUAGCCUUUGCUAUCUGGAGGCUAAAAUAUCUGACCAUCGCAACCUUUUUAGAGAAGUGUUUCCAAAUGAAAAAUUGAAACCAAAACACCAUUUCCUGGAACACUACCCAAGCCUCAUCCGCCGUUUUGGUCCCUGUGUGGAGUUGUGGACAAUGCGCUUUGAGGCAAAGCACAGUUUCUUCAAACGGGUUGUGCAUAACGUGCACAAUUUCAAAAACAUAUUGCUGACGUUGUCUACCCAGCACCAACUUAUGGUUGCACAUAUCUUGCAGUCUCCCAGCUUUUUCAAACAAUCAGUUCAUGUUGACAAAUUAAAAGUUGUAAAGGUGUCCUCUCUGGAAAGAAGGGUGAAAACGGCUGUUGAGAAAAAAUAUGCUCACCUUAACACUGUAUCUCUUGCAUCAAAUGCUGUAUUGCAUGGGACCUCAUACUCCAAAGGUAUGAUGGUGUCUGUUGGACACUGUGGUGGAUUGCCAGAAUUUGCAAAGAUCCGCUGCAUUCUGUUGGUUGACAAAGAGGCUUCAUUUGUGCUGGAGAGAUUUUCUUGUUGGUAUGUUGAACAUCUUAGGACCUUUAAGGUUGAAGACCUUUCAUACGAAGAUCUGAUUGUUACUGAGCUGAAGGAUUUAAAUGACUUUUACCCACUUGCAACAUACAGCAUUGGGAGAAACCUCAUGGUGUCACUUAAACAUUUUUUGUUACAUUAAAGUGUAUUUUCUCCACUGAACUGCUAGCAGCAUUUACAUGAGUACCCUCAGCAGCAGAUUUUGACUGUCACAGGUGUAUUUAC